UUCUGGAAACCCUGCUGUCUGCCUCUGGAAUGAAGGUGUGACCAGGACAUUGUCUGUGUGCCCAGCUUGGACAGGAAGAGAUCCCUGUGUGUCCCUGAACCCAGGCUGGGAGUUGAGUCUAAGCAUUGGAAUGUUCCUCGGACCUCAGGGAAAAUCCCAAUACAGGGAGGCUGAAUGACUGGACCACAAGGCUGGCAAGGCAUCUCUGACUGGCCAGAGCCUGGAAGAGCUGGGGGGAACCUGAGGCCAGCCUGCUCUGCCUCUGGAGGAGGUGAGCCCCACCGUGCUCCUACUGCUGGCAGCAGAGUGGGUUCCAUGCUCCUGUGCUAUAGUCCAGCCUGGCGGGAACACCACGAGGUCCUGAGAUUCCUGUGGCUGCAGGAAAACCUUCUGCAAGGGUCUGAGAACCUGGAAGGUCCUGUUAGCCCAUCCUAGACGACACCCUGAAGACAGCAGUGACCAACACCCAGUGGCUGGAGCCGGUGCCAUGUGCCCAUGGAGCCGCAGGCUCUGGGUGCCUCUGCCCAGCCCUGCCUGCUAGCCUCAGAGAGGCCACACACAAUAGUGUCAGGAGACAGAUGUGUCUCGGGCCGUGGGGCUCCUGAGCAGGCUGCUGGAGCAGGCCGCUGGGGAAGAAGAUGCCAGCCAAAGGACGCUACUUCCUAAAUGAGGGUGAGGAAGGCCCCAACCAGGCAAAGCUCUAUGAGAAGUAUCGCCUCACCAGCCAGCACGGGCCGCUGUUGCUCUUGCUCCUCCUGGUGGCUGUGGCCACCUGCAUUGCACUCGUCAUCGUCACCUUCAGCCAUGAGGAUCCCGCCAGACACCAGGCUGUCCUGGGCACUGCCUUCUUCAUGCUGACGCUGUUUGUGGCUCUCUAUGUGCUGGUGUAUGUUGAGUGCCUGGUGCGGCGAUGGCUGUGGGCCUUGGCUCUACUCACCUGGGCCAGCCUCAUGAUGCUCGGCUCCGUGCUGAUGUGGGACUCCUGGAAGAAUGGAGCCUGUGCGUGGGAGCAGGUACCGUUCUUCCUGUUCAUUGUCUUUGUGGUGUACGCACUCCUGCCCCUCAGCACCCGGGCAGCCAUCACAGUGGGGAUGGUCUCCACCGUCUCCCACCUCCUGGUGUUUGGAGCUGUGACAGGAGCCUUCAAGAAGCCCGUGUCCGGAGCCCAGCUGGCGCUGCAGCUCCUGGCCAACGCCAUUAUCCUCCUGGGCGGGAACUUCACGGGUGCCUUCCACAAGCACCAGCUUCAGGAUGCUUCCCGGGACCUCUUCAUCUACACUGUCAAGUGCAUCCAGAUCCGCCGGAAGCUGCGUGUGGAGAAGCGCCAGCAGGAGAGCCUGCUGCUCUCCGUGCUCCCGGCUCACAUAUCCAUGGGCAUGAAGCUGGCCAUCAUCGAGCGCCUCAAAGAGGGUGGUGACCACCGUCACAUGCCUGACAACAACUUUCACAGCCUCUACGUCAAACGGCACCAGAAUGUCAGCAUCUUGUAUGCAGACAUCGUGGGCUUCACACGGCUGGCCAGCGACUGCUCGCCCAAGGAGCUGGUGGUGGUGCUCAACGAGCUGUUCGGGAAGUUUGACCAGAUUGCCAAGGCCAACGAGUGCAUGCGGAUCAAGAUCCUGGGUGACUGCUACUACUGUGUGUCAGGCCUGCCUGUGUCGCUGCCCACCCACGCCCACAACUGCGUGAAGAUGGGUCUGGACAUAUGUGAGGCCAUUAAGCAGGUGCGUGAGGCCACAGGAGUGGACAUCAGCAUGCGUGUGGGCAUCCACUCCGGGAAUGUGCUGUGUGGGGUCAUCGGGCUCCGCAAGUGGCAGUAUGAUGUGUGGUCCCAUGAUGUGUCCCUGGCCAACAGGAUGGAGGCAGCUGGAGUCCCUGGCCGGGUGCACAUCACAGAGGCGACACUGAACCACCUGGACAAGGCGUACGAGGUGGAGGAUGGGAACGGGCAGCAGCGUGACCCCUAUCUGAAAGAGAUGAACAUCCGAACCUACCUGGUGAUCGACCCCCGGAGCCAGCAGCCACCCCCACCCAGUCAUCACCUCCCCAAGCCCAAGGGGGAUGCAGCCCUGAAGAUGCGAGCUUCAGUGCGUGUGACCCGCUAUCUCGAGACCUGGGGGGCAGCGCGGCCCUUUGCACACCUCAACCACCGGGAGAGUGUGAGCAGCAGUGAGACCCCCAGUCCCACUGGACAGAGGCCAAAGUGUAAGGAAAGAAAGGCAGGCCCGUGGUGGAUGAGGCUCAGGGCUCAGGGACUGGUCAUCUUCUCUCCCCCCUUUCAGGCCACCCCUCUGCGCCGACACCGUGCCAUUGAUAGGAGUACAUCCCCCAAGGGGCGCUUGGACGAUGACUGUGAUGAUGAAAUGCUCUCAGCCAUCGAGGGGCUCAGCUCUACCAGGCCCUGCUGCUCCAAGUCUGAUGACUUCCACACCUUUGGCCCCAUCUUCCUGGAGAAGGGCUUUGAGCGUGAGUACCGCCUGGUGCCCAUCCCCCGGGCUCGCUACGACUUCGCCUGUGCCAGCCUGGUCUUCGUCUGCAUCCUGCUUGUCCACCUCCUUGUGAUGCCCAGCGUGGCCUCUUUGGGUGUGUCUUUUGGCCUGGUGGCCUGCCUGCUGGGGCUGGUGCUAAGUUUCUGCUUUGCUACUGAGUUCUCGCGGUGCUUUCCAGCCCGAGGUACACUCCAGGCCAUCUCAGAGAGUGUGGAGACACAGCCCCUGCUCAGGCUGUCCCUGGUUGUGCUGACUGUUGGCAGCCUACUGACUGUUGCCAUCGUCACUAUGCCACUGAUGCUUAACCCAGGCCCGGAGCCACCAGAAGAUACAGAGACAAGCCCACUGACUGCAAGGAGUAGAGUCGGGACCCCAAGUGAGCUCCUCCCGUACUACACCUGCAGCUGCAUCCUGGGUUUCAUCUCGUGCUCUGUUUUCCUGCGGAUGAGCCUGGAGCUGAAGGCCCUGCUGCUGACAGUGGCCUUGGUGGCUUACCUGCUGCUCUUCAACCUCUCCCCCUGCUGGCAUGUCCCAGGCAACAGCACGGAAACCAACAGGACACACAGGACACCACCACUCCUGCCUGCUGGACAAAGCACACCCAGCUACACCCUUGCUCUGGAGGCUCAGGUGACUACUCCCUCCCCCGGCAAAUGUUUAGAGAAAGAUCUGAAGACCAUGAUCAACUUCUACCUGGUCCUGUUCUAUGCUACCCUCAUCUUGCUGUCUAGACAGAUUGACUACUAUUGCCGCUUGGACUGUCUGUGGAAGAAGAAGUUCAAGAAAGAGCACGAGGAGUUUGAAACAAUGGAGAAUGUGAACCGCCUCCUCCUGGAGAAUGUGCUGCCAGCGCACGUGGCUGCCCACUUCAUUGGUGACAAGGCAGCUGAGGACUGGUACCAUCAGUCUUAUGACUGUGUCUGUGUCAUGUUUGCAUCCGUUCCGGACUUCAAAGUGUUCUACACUGAGUGCGAUGUCAACAAAGAAGGAUUGGAGUGCCUGCGCCUGUUGAAUGAGAUCAUUGCUGAUUUCGACGAGCUGCUGCUGAAGCCCAAGUUCAGCGGUGUGGAGAAGAUCAAGACCAUUGGCAGCACCUAUAUGGCUGCAGCAGGUCUCAGUAUCCCCUCAGGACAUGAGAACCAGGACCUGGAGCGGCAGCAUGUGCACAUUGGUGUCUUGGUGGAGUUCAGCAUGGCCCUGAUGAGCAAGCUGGAUGGAAUCAACAGGCACUCCUUCAAUUCCUUCCGCCUCCGAGUUGGCAUAAACCAUGGGCCUGUAAUUGCUGGAGUGAUUGGAGCACGCAAGCCUCAGUAUGACAUCUGGGGAAACACAGUCAACGUAGCCAGCCGAAUGGAGAGCACUGGAGAGCUUGGGAAAAUCCAGGUCACAGAAGAGACGUGCACCAUCCUCCAGGGACUAGGAUAUUCUUGUGAGUGCCGAGGGCUGAUCAACGUCAAAGGCAAAGGCGAGCUGCGGACUUACUUUGUGUGUACAGACACUGCCAAGUUUCAAGGGCUGGGGCUGAACUGAGGUGUCUGGUAGUCAGUCUCCUUCCCUGAGGGAGCCAAGAAUGCAGCCCAUGCCAGCUGCAGAUGGCCAUGUGGCUGCGUUGGACUUGCACUACAGGACGGCUUUGACACGUACAUCAGAUUCUGUUUGAAGCAGCUACUAAGUUGUCCACAGGACCUCCGUGUUUCAGCCUGUGCGGUUCCUAGUUAGAUCACUGGUCUACUACAGGCUAUGUGCGUGUUCCAGACUGUUGGGGAAGAGACCUUAGUGUGUGACCAAGACUGAUACCCAGUGAAUAGCAUACACAGGGCGACAGACCCUCUCCUGGUUCUAGGAGACUCAGCCAGGUUGUCUAGCAUGGGUUGAAGCCUCUUCUUCCCAUCAGUACCUGCCAUGGGAUGCUAAUCUCUCAUGCAGGUGACAUUCUGGCAAAUGGAAUUGAAAACAGUGUGCAUACUGGCAAGUGGUCUCAAACAGCAGGAAAAAUUUCUAAUUGACAUGCCACUUUUUACCAUCUCUGGCUUAUGUCUGAAAUGGGAGUUUUACCUUUACUACAGACUCUUUGAUGCUAGACAAAGAUCUUCUUUCCAGUAUAUUCUCCCUUCUUAACCACUGACUACAUGUAAACAGGACUGCUGUCCAGUGCUAGGAUGAACUUGACUACAGAGACAGUUCUAAGGGUGGCAAGGAGCAGCAAAGCCUUGGAUCUCCAUCAAGCAUUUUGACGUAGGUCUUUUGGGACAAGGUUCAGGAAGCUCAAAGUCUAGAAAUGAGGUAUAAUGCUUCAGUUUUUCUGUCUGCAUUUUAUUUAUUCUUUUGGAGACAGGGUCAGCCUAGGUUGGCCUCAAACUAUCAACUCUACGGCUUCAGUUUCCUGAGUGCUUCAAAUACAGAUGUGCACUACCAUGGCUAGCCUUUUUUUCCAUGGGAAAGCCUGUGUAGAGAGGGCUUGGGCAAUCUGUGUACCUCCUGUUCUUUCUCCAGUCUUCUGAGUUGAGUGCAGAGUUGCAGAGACUAUUCAUCUACCUGGCAGGAACAUGUGUUGAGGUCCCUGACCUGUAAAAUUGAGCCCCUUGACAAAUGCCAAGUUAUUCUCCCUCAAAUGAGUCAAGGCAAAAACUAGCUUUGUGUGAUGGUGUUUUACUGUGCUUUAGCUCCAGACCACUCAAUGUGAGAGAUGAGCAAACAUAUCACUCCUUUCUGGAAGUGACUUCACUACAUCAUGGUAUUCUUAGCUAGAAGUCACCAGGGAACCUCCUAAAGUACAGAAAAUCAUGCAUACAGGAGUCUGCAAAUGAUGUAUGUGUUGCAGGAGGGUGCCUGACCAGCCAGACUUAACCUGGAACUUCAGUUCAAAGAUGAGUGGUCAGGGAUUCAGACCACUGUGUUCUGUGGAGUUUAUCAGCCCCGGGAAGAGGGGCUGACUCCAGUCUGCACAAAGGAAUCUAGCAGUGGUCAGGGCUUUUCCAGCAGGCUCCUUUGGGGUUAGGAUGCAGUCCACUCAGAGCAGGAAUACUCACUCCUACUCUUCCAAUAUCCAAGUUACUUUUUUUCUCUCCAGCAACAGAAAUCCUGGUUUAAAAAUAAUUGGCUACUGCUCACACAUGGUUCUCUAUUUUCAACUGAAGCACUGUGUUAGGAAUAUUUUUAAGUUAUUGUUCAAGUCUUAAGAGUGUAACUGACAAAAAAUAAAAAAACCACUUGGGAGUUAUGCACAUACUUGUUUUUGAAUUUCCAAGUAAUUUCUUCACAAGUGUCUUGUUUUAUCAUAGGAACUUAAAAAACCCCAAAGCCUUCUGUGGGUCAAGGAUUCAUUUCAGAGUCUCCCCUAAGGUGGCCUUCAUUGACUACAGAAGGUAAUACUCUAGGUUUUCCCGCUUACUUAGGGACACUUCCUGACAAAUGAUUAUUAUUGCAUACUUCAUGGAGAACAGGCCAAUGCUUGGAGCAGGUGAAGCAAACAACUAUGGUUUGCUCUGUAUGCUUAAUAUUUAUAGCUCCAUAACAUCUGUCUCAAGUGUUUUGUUUCCUUUUCAUAUAAAUCAGUGUCUGGCUCCUUUUUAUAUAUUCAACCAACAAUUAAAAAACCUGAAUUUC